UUCAUGCUGUUGCUCACUAUUCCCGGAUAGGAAGACUGGACUGAAAUCUACAUCAGUUUCUUCUUAUUUAUCAUCUUUUUUCCUUUCAUGAAGAUGACCAGUGAGGCCUCAUCCCUCCAGCCCCUGAAAGAAGCAAUGAAAAGGGUAGAGAACAAACUCCAGACCUUGGAGACACAGUUUGAAGAAUUGGACUCUGCCAUGGAAAAUUUGACUAAAAAGUUUGAAUUUCACAGAAAGACUUUGGCAAGCCAGGCAGUCCAAGAUGAGAUGUGGACAGCAGUUCUGGAGAUCAAGUUCACUUCUUUGGAAUUAAAUAUAUUCUACAGCUACAUCAUUGAAACACUUCACUAUCUACACUCUCAGGUGCUUGAGAAACUUCCAGACCUAGCAAGGGGGCUUCCCACUUUGGCUACUGUUCUUAAGCGAAAAAACAAUAACAAACGGAUUAGAGUUGUAUGGGAGACAGUUUUAGAGGCCCUGGAACUUCAGGAAGAAGAUGUCAAAGCCUUCUGUACCUUCUUUAUUGCACAUAGCAGCAAAGCAGAAUACUAUUCAGCUAAUCUGAGGCAGUUGUACAUCCCCGAUGCCACCCCCAUAAUAACCAACAUAGUAAAGAACCAAGUUUUGAAGAAUAGUUUGCUGCAUGCAGUUCAGGUAAUAGAGAAGAAGAAAACCAUGAAUGCAUAAAAAAUAGCAAAGGAAAAUCUUGAAAAUGGUGGCAUUCCCCAUCUAAAACUAACUUAUGAGUGAUGAGAAGUUGUAAAUAUUUAUGUUAUAUGCAAUUCUCUAAAUUUUGUUGCUCAUAGACCAGGAG